UAUAGUUCAAUGCACUUGACUUGACUUUAUGCAUAAACCUCACCCUUUCCUCUGCACUUCAGAGCAAAAACAAAAAAAACAAAACACCGAUCAAAAUCAGCUAUUCAGAGUGAAAGAGAUGAGCUGCGGCGACUUCAUUGUUCCGCCGGGAUACCGAUUCCAUCCCACCGACGAGAGGCUGCUUAGCGACUUGGAGGACAAGAAUCAGUGCAAGGACUCCGAGAACCCCACCACCAUCCCUGUUAUCGAGAUGUGCAAGCACGAGCCUCACGAGUUACCAGAACUGGCAUUCACAAGGGCGCAAAAUCUGGGCAGGAAGUUUUUCUCUUUUUUCUUCUUCUGGUUUGCAUGGGCAGAGUCUUGGGACAGUCAGGGCAAGUGGUACUUCUUCACUCCGCGUGAAUACAAGUACCCUAACAGCAAACGCUCCAACAGGACUACAGGGGAAGGGUUCUGGAAGAUCACAGGCAAGGACCGCGACAUCAAGGCCCCUGGCUCCAAAGCUGUGAUUGGGAGAAAGAGGACCUUAACCUUCUACAAACGUGGAGUGCCGAAACCCCAGAAGACUGGCUGGGUCAUUCAUGAGUUUUAUCUCAUUGAGGCACAUUCUAAUCCUCCUAAGCAGAUAGGGGACUUUGUUGUCUGUUGCUUGAAGUAUAAGUCAGACAACUCUGAUCAUGAUAAGGAUGCCCCAUUCUUCGAUCGAGGUAGCACUAGCUGCAGUAUGGCCUCCAAUGUUGAAAAUCAAGCUGAAGAAAAUUGGUCAUCCAUUAAGCAGGUUAAUGUCGUUCCAAUUCCCAAUGGAAAUGGUGAUGAAGCUGAAACUGGUGGUGAUAUGAUUACAGAAGAAGAGGAAUACCUGGCUUUAAAGGAGCUGGAAAAUGCUCUUCAGAGUCCUAUUGGCAAUCCUCAUGAAUUCCAAGGCACGCAAACUGAUCCUUGUCAUAUAGAUAAGAAUGAUCUUUCGACCUCUGUUGAAGGCCGACCUUUAAAGACCAAUUUGUCUGAUAUGAUUGAAGAGCUACUAGAUGACCCAGAAAAUCUGGAUUCACUCUUUGAUACGCCUGCACCACCUCAACUGCAUCAGCUGCAUCAGCCACCAAUGUAUACCACCAAUGACCAUAAUGAUGAAUGUCGUAAGAGGGCAUAUCCAUUUGAGGACAAUGAGCCUUCUCUUGUGAAGAAGAAUAAUAUUUCAACCAAUGACGAUGACGAAUUAGUUAGCAAGACCGCAUCCAGUUCGGAAAAUCAAGCUGCAAAUAUCAAUAUGAUUCAAGAGAGAUAUUCUCAACAAGGAGCAAAUCUGGGAUCAGACUUUGAUUCAUUUCUGCCGAAGGAUUACGAUUAUACACUACCAUCAAUAAACGGAGGACCGGGAGAUUUUCCCCAUGACAAUAAUUUUAUUGAGUGGGAUGAUUUGCCAUUCUUAUACGAAGGUAUGGACUAUUCUGCCGCAAAGUUCUCACAUACAGUUAUUGAUGGUGGAAAAGGAGUAACCAGUGACGGAAACACCGAAGGAAACUUCUUAAUCGUUUUGGCAUUCAGUUACAACUUAGGACAGCAGCAAUUAUUUUGUACCUGUUUUUCUUUUCUUUUUCUUUUGGGAGUGGGGGAGGCAUUGCUGGUGUCACAGCAUCCCCUAGUGAACUUUUGGUUGAAAGAGCGACCGGCGAAUGCAUAUGGUUCAAAUGCCAUCUGGAAGUCUACCCUUCUCUGGAUGUGACGAGUCCAGGCAUAUAAGGAUGUCUCUUCUCAU